AAAAAUAAAUUUAGUGAAUUCAGGUUCAGAAACAGGCGGUAGAAGAAUCAACAGUGGCGCUACGUUAAAUAAUGGAAACUCGAACAAAGAGCUAACCAGCCACUAGAAAAUAAGAGGUUGUGCUCCUUCUCUGUCCCUUGCGUGCAGUUCGGGCGCGCGGAAAUGAGAUGCACGAACACUUUCGGCCAUCAUAACCAUCUUGUGCAACUGUUUCUCUUCGGCCGUGUUCUAGUGCAAACGAACGAUGGACGCCAUUCGCACGAGAUAAAUCUUUUCUUCGCUCUAUCGUGAAGCGAGAGUGCGUACGCGUAACUCGGUGCCGGGUGUGAAGCUAUGCAAUAGUGUGAUCGUGUGCGAAAGUGGUUUCGGAGGAGCCUAGCGGAGCGAGGAUCUCGGCCUCGGGAACGGGGAGCAGCGCUUCGCGCGAGGCGCGUGCAGCCGGGCAGGCUUGUCUCGGCUCGGCGGUCGCGGAGCAUGGCGGACGCGAGCUGAGCGGCCGCGGCGUCGGUCCCGGGGCUCGCGGGCCGCUCCGCUCAGCCGGCCCGAUGAACGCGGCACGGCUGAGGUUAUUGCAUGGGUAUAUGCGUGAGCUGCCGGCGCCGCGAGAGGAAGGCCCCGGAGAAGCUAGCGGCGCUCGGCGCGGGCGCGCCCGCUAAGGGCACGGCGGCCCUGCUGCUGCCGCGCCGCGCCGACCCGCGCCCCUUGCGCCCGCUGCCCAUCAUGGCCAACUCCAUCUCCAACAUCAAGAUGACCAACCCCAUCAAGGGCAUGGUCAGCAAGCGGCGGAAACGCUACAUCAAGGACGGAUUUAACCUGGACUUGGCCUAUAUCACAGAUCGGCUGAUAGCCAUGGGUUUCCCGGCGGAGAAGCUGGAGGGAGUCUACAGGAAUCACAUCGACGAGGUCUACAGGUUCCUCGAGCAGAUGCACAAGGAUCAUUAUAAGAUUUACAACCUCUGCUCCGAGAGGUCCUACGACUCUGCAAAAUUUCAUGAGAGGGUGGUAAGGUACGCGUUCGAGGACCACACGCCGCCGAACAUGGAGCUGAUUCUGCCGUUCUGCGAGGACGUGCACAAGUGGCUCAACGCGGACCCCAAGAACGUGGCCGCCGUGCACUGCAAGGCGGGCAAGGGCCGAACUGGCACAAUGAUAUGCUGCUACCUGCUGUACAGCCAGCAGAAGGCGACGGCGGACGAGGCGCUCAGGUUCUACGGGACGAGACGGACGCAUGACGAAAAAGGCGUAACGAUACCAUCGCAGCGGCGCUACGUGGAGUACUUCGCGGCCCUCGUGCGCUCCCGUCUCACGUACACCGCCACUAAGGUCCACAUUCGCGAGCUCAUCAUGUCGCCUCCACCCAUGUUGAAUGGUGGACAAUGUUCGCUGGAGCUCACUGUGUCACAGGCCAGUCCGCCUCUGAAGGCACCAGCGGGCUGUCACGAAGUCCGCCGCGGUCCCUCGGCGGUGUCGGUGGCGCUCACGCACUGCACGCCCAUGUGGGGCGACGUGCGCGUGGACGUGUGCUCCAAGCCCAAGGUGUACAUGCGCAAGGAGAAGCUGUUCCACUUCUGGUUCAACACCUUCUUCCUGGCCGCGGGGCUGGACGCGGUCCGAGUGGAGCCGGAUGACGGUUCGAAUUUGGAGACGUUCAAGCUGACGUUAAAUAAAUGGCAGUUGGAUGACGCACACAAAGACAAACAGCAUAAAUUAUAUAGCGAAGAUUUUAAGGUGGAGCUGAUCGUGCAGAAGCUGCCGUCGUCGUCCAAGUUCACGGGCACGGCGGCGCGCGCCGCCACGCCGCCCUCCUCCACCGCCUCGUCCUGCUCCGAGCCCGACACCGAGCCCGACGAGCACUGGGACUCCGGUGAGCACCGCCCCGGUCUGUACGCGCCCCGCACGCUCGGCGACGUGCGCGCCUCCUGGCGGGAGUUUAGUGGAAAGUUUGAUAAAAAGAAGAAUAGGGAUAGCUAGUGAAAGUGUUACGAUUAGACGAAUU